AUGGCUGAUAGAGAAUGGAUAGUUGUAACCGAUACUGCUGGCCCGGUUGGCUUUUGCCUCUCAAUUAUUUCUAACACCACUCUGCUGUUUUUAAUAUUCUCUAGAAGUUCACCAAUCAAAGGGCCAUACAAGAAAAUGUUGAUCGUAUUGUGUAUCUUCACAGUUUUCUAUUCAUUCGUUGAAAUAAUGCUCCAACCUCUGAUUCAUCUCUAUGAUGACACUCUGUUUUUGAUUCAAAGAAAACGUUUUGAUCUGUCUAAAACGAUUACAAGAUUGAUCCCAACUACUUACUGUUGGUGCUACGCGAUGAGUUUCUGUCUUUUUGCUCUACAAUUCUUAUAUCGAUAUGUGGCAGUGUGCAAACCUCAAUACGUCGGCUACUUUGCUGGCUGCUACUUUUAUUACUGGUUGGCUCUUAUCUUAUCACUUGCUACAAGCUGGGGUUUGACUGCUGCUUUUAUGUUCCCCCAAACGAAUCGAACGACCGAAAGUUUUCUUUAUGUCAUCGAAACUUCUUACGACUUGGAUCCGUAUUGGGCAGAUUAUGUGGCUUAUAAAUAUUUUGACACCGAUGAGAAUCAUGUUCGGCACAUAAAUGUUCUCAGUUUCUUUGGCGUUUUGCAACAUGGUCUUGUAAUAAGUUUGAGCUUUGGCACAUUGUUUUAUUGCGGUGUACAAACUUCAACUACUGAAGUACCGUCAUCGAGCACGACAGCAGAACCAUCCAGUUCAACUACUGAAGUACCUUCCUCGAGCACGACAGCAGAACCAUCCAGCUCAACUACUGAAGUACCGUCAUCGAGCACGACAGCAGAACCAUCCAGUUCAACUACUGAAGUACCUUCCUCGAGCACGACAGCAGAACCAUCCAGCUCAACUAGUGAAGUACCAUCAUCGAGCACGACAGCCGAACCAUCCAGUUCAACUACUGAAGUACCGUCAUCGAGCACGACAGCCGAACCAUCCAGUUCAACUACUGAAGUACCAUCAUCGAGCACGACAGCCGAACCAUCCAGUUCAACUACUGAAGUGUCGUCAUCGAGCACGACAGCAGAACCAUCCAGCUCAACUACUGAAGUACCGUCAUCGAGCACGACAGCAGAACCAUCCAGCUCAACUACUGAAGUACCGUCAUCGAGCACGACAGCCGAACCAUCCAGCUCAACUACCGAAGUACCAUCGUCGAGCACGACAGCAGAACCAUCCAGCUCAACUACCGAAGUACCAUCGUCGAGCACGACAGCAGAACCAUCCAGCUCAACUACUGAAGUACCAUCGUCGAGCACGACAGCAGAACCAUCCAGCUCAACUACCGAAGUACCGUCAUCGAGCACGACAGCAGAACCAUCAAGCUCAACUACCGAAGUACCAUCGUCGAGCACGACAGCAGAACCAUCCAGCUCAACUACCGAAGUACCGUCAUCGAGCACGACAGCAGAACCAUCAAGCUCAACUACCGAAGUACCAUCGUCGAGCACGACAGCAGAACCAUCCAGCUCAACUACUGAAGUACCGUCAUCGAGCACGACAGCAGAACCAUCAAACUCAACUACCGAAGUACCAUCGUCGAGCACGACAGCAGAACCAUCCAGCUCAACUACUGAAGUACCGUCAUCGAGCACGACAGCAGAACCAUCAAGCUCAACUACCGAAGUACCAUCGUCGAGCACGACAGCAGAACCAUCCAGCUCAACUACCGAAGUACCGUCAUCGAGCACGACAGCAGAGCCAUCCAGCUCAACUACCGAAGUACCAUCGUCGAGCACGACAGCAGAACCAUCCAGCUCAACUACUGAAGUACCAUCGUCGAGCACGACAGCAGAACCAUCCAGCUCAACUACUGAAGUACCGUCAUCGAGCACGACAGCAGAACCAUCCAGCUCAACUACCGAAGUACCAUCGUCGAGCACGAAAGCAGAACCAUCCAGCUCAACUACCGAAGUACCAUCGUCGAGCACGACAGCAGAACCAUCCAGCUCAACUACCGAAGUACCAUCGUCGAGCACGACAGCAGAACCAUCAAGCUCAACUACCGAAGUACCAUCGUCGAGCACGACAGCAGAACCAUCCAGCUCAACUACCGAAGUACCAUCGUCGAGCACGACAGCAGAACCAUCAAGCUCAACUACCGAAGUACCAUCGUCGAGCACGACAGCAGAACCAUCCAGCUCAACUACUGAAGUACCGUCAUCGAGCACGACAGCAGAACCAUCAAGCUCAACUACCGAAGUACCAUCGUCGAGCACGACAGCAGAACCAUCCAGCUCAACUACUGAAGUACCGUCAUCGAGCACGACAGCAGAACCAUCAAGCUCAACUACCGAAGUACCAUCGUCGAGCACGACAGCAGAACCAUCCAGCUCAACUACCGAAGUACCGUCAUCGAGCACGACAGCAGAACCAUCCAGCUCAACUACCGAAGUACCAUCGUCGAGCACGACAGCAGAACCAUCCAGCUCAACUACCGAAGUACCAUCGUCGAGCACGACAGCAGAACCAUCCAGCUCAACUACUGAAGUACCAUCGUCGAGCACGACAGCAGAACCAUCCAGCUCAACUACUGAAGUACCGUCAUCGAGCACGACAGCAGAACCAUCCAGCUCAACUACCGAAGUACCAUCGUCGAGCACGACAGCAGAACCAUCCAGCUCAACUACCGAAGUACCAUCGUCGAGCACGACAGCAGAACCAUCCAGCUCAACUACUGAAGUACCAUCGUCGAGCACGACAGCAGAACCAUCCAGCUCAACUACUGAAGUACCGUCAUCGAGCACGACAGCAGAACCAUCCAGUUCAACUACUGAAGUACCUUCCUCGAGCACGACAGCAGAACCAUCCAGCUCAACUAGUGAAGUACCAUCAUCGAGCACGACAGCCGAACCAUCCAGUUCAACCAGUGAAGUACCUUCAUCGAGCACGACAGCCGAACCAUCCAGCUCAACUACCGAAGUACCAUCGUCGAGCACGACAGCCGAACCAUCCAGUUCAACCAGUGAAGUACCUUCAUCGAGCACGACAGCAGAACCAUCCAGCUCAACUACCGAAGUACCAUCGUCGAGCACGACAGCAGAACCAUCCAGCUCAACUACCGAAGUACCAUCGUCGAGCACGACAGCAGAACCAUCCAGCUCAACUACUGAAGUACCAUCGUCGAGCACGACAGCAGAACCAUCCAGCUCAACUACUGAAGUACCGUCAUCGAGCACGACAGCAGAACCAUCCAGCUCAACUACCGAAGUACCAUCGUCGAGCACGAAAGCAGAACCAUCCAGCUCAACUACCGAAGUACCAUCGUCGAGCACGACAGCAGAACCAUCCAGCUCAACUACCGAAGUACCAUCGUCGAGCACGACAGCAGAACCAUCCAGCUCGACUACUGAAGUACCGUCAUCGAGCACGACAGCAGAACCAUCCAGCUCAACUACCGAAGUACCAUCGUCGAGCACGACAGCAGAACCAUCCAGCUCAACUAGUGAAGUACCAUCAUCGAGCACGACAGCCGAACCAUCCAGUUCAACCAGUGAAGUACCUUCAUCGAGCACGACAGAACCAUCCAGCUCAACUACCGAAGUACCAUCGUCGAGCACGACAGCCGAACCAUCCAGUUCAACCAGUGAAGUACCUUCAUCGAGCACGACAGCCGAACCAUCCAGCUCAACUACCGAAGUACCAUCGUCGAGCACGACAGCAGAACCAUCCAGCUCAACUACCGAAGUACCAUCGUCGAGCACGACAGCAGAACCAUCCAGCUCAACUACUGAAGUACCGUCAUCGAGAACGGCAGCAGAACCAUCCAGUUCAACUACUGAAGUACCUUCCUCGAGCACGACAGCAGAAUCAUCCAGCUCGACUACUGAAGUACCGUCAUCGAGCACGACAGCAGAACCAUCCAGUUCAACUACCGAAGUACCAUCGUCGAGCACGACAGCAGAACCAUCCAGCUCAACUACUGAAGUACCAUCAUCGAGCACGACAGCCGAACCAUCCAGUCCAACAACUGUGUCGACUUCUGUUGGAACUUCAACAGUUGGGUCCAGUACAACCGAAUCGUCGACUGUUCCGUCUACUUCUACUACUGAAAUACCGUCGUCGAGCACAACAGAAAAACCAUCCACUUCAACAUCUGAGUCUCCAUCAUCUACUACAACCCAAGAACCAUCCACAUCAACAUCGGUGCCUCCGUCGUCUUCAACCACAGCAGAACCAUCCAGUUCUACUACUGCAGUACCGUCAUCAAGCACAACGACAGAACCAUCCACCUCUACUACUGAGGCACCAACAUCAACAUCAACUCAGGCUCCAUCCACAUCGACAACAAUUCAGUCAACAACAACUGGAGGAUGUCUCAGUACAGUUUGUGGAAGUGGCUGGUUCAAGACUCAACGUGGAGGAAAAACUCUUUGUAUGAGACUCUUCUACCAUGACACUUCGAGUUAUCAUGAUGGAGCAUUCUUCUGCUACGACAAUUAUCAAGCCUUCCUGACCGGACCUGAUAGCAAUCCCGAAUACGACGAGAUUAUGAGUCAAGCACGAUCAAACUCAGAUGUUGUUGGCAACAUGACAUCUUACAACAGAGCCAUGAUUCUGAUCGGAUUGAAACGAACACUACAAUGUACCAGCGAUAAUGGAGCUCAAACUCCAGCUUGUCAACUACCCCAGGGUUUCAUCUGGCAGGAUGGUUUGGGAAGUACUUCAAACACUUUGAUCAAUCAGAACUUCAACAGUGAUGCUGGCGUUGAAACUUCUCCAUCACAUGUACGUGCUUGUGCUGGAAUACAAUUUAUAACAGACAGUACGUCGAAUUCCCAAAACAAAGUGUAUUCCCUUGAUUGCAAUACUGCUUUGAGAAGUAAUGGUAAGCAAUCUAGGAUGGUCGUCUGUGGAAAGAUUGGAACAUGUCCAUCUACUCCUCCAACAACUAUCUCGACUUCUAUUGGAACGACAACGUCUGCGUCUAGUACAUCUGAAACAUCGACUGUUCCGUCUACUUCUACUCGAAUUCCAUCCACUUCUACCACCGAAUUACUGACUUCGACGACUACGGAAAAACCAUCCACUUCAACCUCCGAGUUUCCAACAUCUUCAACCACACAAGAACCAUCCACCUCCACCUCUGAAGCACCGUCGUCAAGCACAACGGCAGAACCAUCCACCUCAACUUCUGUGCCUCCAUCGUCUUCAACCACACAAGUACCAUCCAGCUCAACUACUGAGGCACCAACAUCAACAUCAACUCAGGCUCCAUCCACAUCGACAACAAUUCAGUCAACAACAACUGGAGGAUGUAUCAGUACAGUUUGUGGAAGUGGCUGGUUCAAGACUCAACGUGGAGGAAAAACUCUUUGCAUGAGACUCUUCUACCAUGACACUUCGAGUUAUGAUGAUGGAGCAUUCUUCUGCUACGACAAUUAUCAAGCCUUCCUGACCGGACCUGAUACCAAUCCCGAAUACGACGAGAUCAUGAGUCAAGCGCGCCUAAACCCAGAUGUUGUUACCAACAUGACAUCUUACAACAGAGCAAUGAUUCUGAUCGGAUUGAAACGAACACCACAAUGUACAAGCGAUAAUGGUGCUCAAACUCCAGCUUGUCAACUACCCCAAGGUUUCAUCUGGCAGGAUGGUUUGGGAAGUACCUCAAACACUUUGAUAAAUCAGAACUUCAACAGUGAUGCAGGCGUUGAAACUUCUCCAUCACUUGUACGUGCUUGUGCUGGAAUACAAUUUAUAACAGACAGUACGUCGAAUUCCCAAAACAAAGUGUAUUCCCUUGAUUGCAAUACUGCUUUGAGAAGUAAUGGUAAGCAAUCUAGGAUGGUCGUCUGUGGAAAGAUUGGAACAUGUCCAUCUACUCCUCCAACAACUAUCUCAACUUCUAUUGGAACGACAACGUCUGCGUCUAGUACAUCUGAAACUUCAUCCACAUCUAUGGCUCCAUCAACUUCAACAGCUUCAUCAACUGUUUCGUCCACUUCCACUGCAACAGUACCAUCAUCCACAUCCACAUCGAGUCCAACAACAACUGAAUGUCCCGUAAAAGUGUGUAAAUUUGGUUUCCAUCCAGUGUUGAGAAAUGGAAAAAUGUGGUGUAUGAGACCUUUCUUCCACUUUGUGCAGAACUUCACAGAAGGAUCCGAUUACUGUCAAACUAACUAUCACUCCGUACUAACUGGUCCAGCAGAUGAAACAGAGUAUAACUGGCUUCUAGACCAAACCAAAACCGAUUCAGCUAUUGUGAAAUCCCUGGCAAACGGAAAUUAUGUAUCAGUUAUGAUGGUUCUGGGAGCUAAGCGAACACAGGAAUGUUUGCGAGAUGAAAACUGUAAUCCAGCAAAUGCCUAUUAUUUCACCGACGGUGUGACCACUUCAAACUACAUUUUCGCAAACAAAUUUAAAUCAACUAUACCUGUGCAACCAGUGGUGGAUCCAGACCAACCAGAAGAAUGCGUUGGAAUCAGAGUGUGGAUCGAUCCUUCUAAAAGAUCUGAUGAACUUCUUUGGUCUCUGAGUUGUGAUGAAGCAAUGUCUGCAUAUCAAGUUGUUCUGAAACUUCUCGUAUGUGGACACCCUGCUGUUUGUGUUGGAUCAUCAUCAACAACAGUGACUCCAACAACAACUCCUUCAACAACUACAGUAACCACUGCAACUCCAACAGUUCCAACGACCACUACCGUAUCUACCACCACUGAGAAAGUGUGUACCAAAAGCCAAUUGAAAUGUGCAGAGGGAUGGACUCCAUUUAACCGAACGACCGCUCGCCCAUAUUGUUUCAAAGUUAUCAAUCAAUACAAUCAAACUUACGAUCAAUCGGUUGCUCUUUGUCAAUCAAAUGGCGGAUACUUGUCGGGAAUCGAGAAUAUCACUGAAUACAACUUUGUCGUUCAACUAGCGAAAGAUUCUGUGAACUAUACGACCAGCAACAACAGUCAGAUUCUGGUGACGAUUGCAUUGAAAAGAAAAGUUAUAUGUUUGACACAAACCUCAACCAACAAUGAGUCUUGCACUUCCUUCAAGGCAUACGAAUUCGUGGAUGAUGACAACACAAAAUACGUUUCCAUCAUUCAACAUUACAACUUGUGGGCUUCUGGACAACCCGUGUUAGUAAGCUCCCAACCACAUGGAUGUGUUGGCAUAAUGGUCACUAACAAUACAAGUCCAGAAAAUGGAAAAAUGUAUGCAACUCAAUGUGAAACAGGUGUGCAGAACUACGGAAUGAGUAAUGCGGCACUUUGUGCUCGAGUACCAGAUGUCUGUCCGCCCUGA